UGGGCUCCCGCCGCCAUGUCCUCCAGCUCCUCGUCGCCGCGGGACGCGUUCGAGGACGAGCGCGACUACGAGAGCCAGGCCAAGCGGCUCAAGACCGAGGAGGGCGAGAUCGACUACUCGGCCGAGGAGGGCGAGCCCCGGCCCGAAGCGACGCCGCGGGCCGGCAGCGACGGCGGCAACGACGGCGGCGGCGGCGGCGGCCGGAGCUUCUCCCAGCCGGAGGCAGGCGGAAGUCAUCAUAAAGUUUCUGUCUCACCUGUUGUCCAUGUUCGAGGGCUCUGUGAGUCUGUUGUGGAAGCGGAUCUUGUGGAAGCUCUGGAAAAAUUUGGUACAAUAUGCUAUGUGAUGAUGAUGCCAUUUAAACGCCAGGCUCUAGUGGAGUUUGAAAAUGUAGAUAGUGCCAAAGAAUGUGUGACAUUUGCUGCCGAUGAGCCUGUGUACAUUGCUGGUCAACAGGCUUUUUUCAACUAUUCUACAAGUAAAAGGAUCACUCGGCCUGGAAAUACUGAUGAUCCAUCAGGAGGCAACAAAGUCCUCCUGCUGUCUAUUCAGAACCCUCUUUACCCGAUCACGGUGGAUGUUCUGUAUACUGUAUGCAAUCCUGUUGGAAAAGUGCAACGUAUUGUUAUAUUUAAGAGAAAUGGGAUACAAGCAAUGGUUGAGUUUGAAUCAGUUCUUUGUGCCCAGAAAGCUAAGGCAGCACUCAAUGGAGCAGAUAUAUAUGCUGGAUGUUGCACACUAAAAAUUGAAUAUGCAAGACCAACUCGUUUGAAUGUUAUUAGGAAUGACAAUGACAGUUGGGACUACACUAAACCAUAUUUGGGAAGACGAGAUAGAGGAAAGGGUCGCCAGAGACAAGCCAUUUUGGGAGAACACCCUUCUUCGUUUAGACAUGAUGGCUAUGGAUCCCAUGGUCCGUUACUGCCAUUGCCGAGCCGUUACAGAAUGGGCUCCCGGGACACGCCCGAGCUGGUAGCCUACCCGCUGCCACAGGCCUCCUCUUCCUACAUGCACGGGGGGAACCCAUCUGGCUCUGUUGUCAUGGUCAGUGGGUUACAUCAGCUGAAGAUGAACUGCUCAAGAGUGUUCAACUUAUUCUGCUUAUAUGGAAAUAUUGAAAAAGUAAAAUUUAUGAAGACCAUUCCUGGCACAGCACUGGUAGAAAUGGGUGAUGAGUAUGCUGUUGAAAGAGCUGUUACACACCUUAAUAAUGUCAAAUUGUUUGGGAAAAGACUUAACGUUUGUGUAUCUAAACAACAUUCAGUUGUUCCAAGUCAGAUCUUUGAGCUGGAGGAUGGUACAAGUAGCUACAAAGAUUUUGCAAUGAGCAAAAACAAUCGCUUUACAAGUGCGGGCCAAGCAUCUAAGAAUAUAAUCCAACCACCCUCUUGUGUGCUGCAUUAUUAUAAUGUCCCAUUGUGUGUCACAGAGGAGACCUUCGCAAAGUUGUGUGUUGACCAUGAAGUUCUUACAUUCAUCAAAUACAAAGUGUUUGAUGCGAAACCUUCUGCCAAAACACUUUCUGGGCUGUUAGAAUGGGAGUGCAAAACUGAUGCAGUGGAAGCUCUGACGGCGCUGAACCACUACCAGAUAAGAGUCCCCAAUGGUUCCAAUCCCUACACAUUGAAGCUUUGCUUUUCUACAUCAUCCCAUUUAUAAGAGCAUGUUAGAAUUUAUGUUCAUCCUUACUACAGUUUUAAAUCUAUACUUCCUUCAAAAUAAUCUAAAAUGGUUGAUCUGAUGUUGCCUUGCUUACUUUAAGAUCCUGUUCUGUAAUAAACAUUUUGCCUCAAGUAAGUUUCUUGUAAGCUUAAAUAUUGUUUUCAUCUUAAGAUAGAGUACCAUAAUGUAGACUGUCUACAGCAUUGUAGAAUAUGCAAAUAUAUGAUUUCUAACCUUGGGACUAUAGUUUUUUGUCCACAGCAAAAAUAUAUUUGCAUUCUUACUGCUAAUUAUCUGCAAGUAUUUUUCCAUUACAUAUGAGAUUAAUGCAGGUGAAAGUAUUGCAUUUUAAUAUAGAAUCCCUUAAAGGUGUUUAGAUGUUUGAGUAUGUUACCACUACUCAUAUUAAAUAUAAUUUGUAUUUAUUAUUUUAAUCAAGUUUGGGGAUGACAUUGUACAUGUUGACUUUCAAGAACUACAGAUUUAGUGGAUUUUAUAUUUCUGGAAAGCUUCAUAGACAUGGAUACACGUGUACAGUAUACACUUGGAUUUAUGUAAAUUGCUUUUGUAAGCCAUUGUCUAUUUGAAUUGACAUGCUUCGGUUUCUGGUUCUAGUUUGGAGAUUUUUAUAAAGUUAUGAUAAGUUAAAGUGCUCAUCCCCUUGUCGCAUGUGACCUAAUCUUGAAAACACAGCCAGGACUUGGCAUUGAGAUUGUAAUAGAAGUUAUGAUUAACAAUUGCUCUUCUAUAUAAUAACCUGGAUCCAUAGAUGGGUUUUAGAGAACCUGUGAGCCCUCAAAAAUUGUGUGUAGAAUUUUGGGUAUUUGCAGUUUUAUUUUUUACUUCUUGACCCAUCAUAAUAUAUGUAUUUUUCUAUAUGGUGCAAGAUUUAAGGAUCUAACUUUAUUUUUAAUCAAAACAGCUAUUUGUCUCAACACCAUUUAUUAAACAUUGUCCCACUGA